AUGGUGACGUUGGCUAGGGAAGGAGCGAUCGGUAUAUCAGAAGCGACGACCACUGCUGGUGGCUCGAGCAUGCCACUCAUGAUGGACAGUACAGAACUUACAAUGAACCAUCACAGCACCAACACCGCAAACACUAGCGCCUCAGCCAUUGGACGCGAAGACACAGCAGCCAUCUUCUGCCACGAGCAAUUCGCUGACCUCGACGCCGAGCAAUUCCCACGUCUCCCAUCAGCAACAUACACCCCUCGCCCAAGCAAGAGCUUCGAAUCCACCAUCGAAGGUCUCGGCUGGGACUCCAGCGCUUUCAAACCUACAAUUUUCGUCCGUCUCGCUUGGGCACUUCUCCAAGCCAAGUACACGAAUAAUCAAGAUGUCCUCUUCGGAGCAGCAACUGGUAUCAAUGGAACGGCGUAUCCGAACAGAGUACGAUUGGACUACAAUGAGACCGUCGAGCAAGCAUUGCAAGCUCUGCAAUCACAAAGCGAGAGUCUAGCGGCAGCGGUUUCUACCACUGAUAGCAAAGACUUGAGCUCUAGACAAGCUGCAUUAGAUUGCGAAUGCGACUAUCAAACGAUGCUAGUUUUGACAUCUUCUUCUACGCCUUCUGUGGAGAUUGCUCCGCAAAUGAGAGAAAGAAGAAGGCAGUCCCUCAUCGACCUUUACGCUUUGACCCUGGAAUGUACAGUCUCGAUCACGGGGCUCUGGAUCCGAUUCGUGUUUGAUCCGGCUGUGCUGAGUAGUCGGCAAAUUGAGCGUAUGAGUGCACAGCUGAGACAUGUGCUCAGUCAGAUUUUGAUGCAGCCGCAGUCGAAGGUUGGAGAGAUUGGUAUUGCUUGUGAGGAUGAUUUGAGGGACAUUGAGGAGUGGAAUUCGAGCUCGUUGAGUUCGGAGGGCACGAGCAAGACUGUCGUGGAGUUGUUGAAGAAGGCUACUGAUCGGGAGGCGUUGGCUGUCGAUGCGUGGGAUGGCAAGUUCACCUAUGCGCAACUGGAUGACUUUUCGACGAGACUUGCUUUCCAUCUCGCGGAGAUGGGGGUUGGUAAAGGUGCCAUUGUGCCAGUAUGUUUGGAGAAGUCGAAGUGGAUGAGUGUGGCGAUUCUGGGUGUCAUCAAGAGCGGCGCGGCGACUCUCUGCCUCAAUGCGAACCAUCCUGCUGGAUAUCUAUGCAAGAUCAUGUCUGGCCGAUCCCAGAUCUCAGCGUUGGUGUGCUCGGACAGCACAAGAGAUUUGACAAGCCAGAUUGCAGACGGUCGGUCUGUAGUUGUCUUGGGAGACAACUUCUUCGCCACACUGCACAUCGAGCCCGUGGAACCUCUGCCUGCGAUUGAACCCGAGGAUAUGCUAUGCGUUCUUCCGACAACUGGCAAUUCGCUCGCCGUCCUGACACACGCCAAUUUCGCUGUGGGCAUCAUCAACCAGAGCAAGAUCUGCUCCAUCACCUCCAAGUCUCGGCUGUACGACCUUCACUCCUACAACUCAUCUCUCGCCUACCUGAACAACCUCCUGGCCUUCACAAACGGCUCUUGCCUCUGCGUUCCCUCCGACCCGCAACGAAAACAGUCUUUGGCAGAUUCGCUUGCCGAAUAUCAAGCUUCGAUCCUCAUCACCACGGCCGCAUCAGCACAGCAUAUCGACUUCACAACAGCUGUAGACCUCGAGACUGUGGUCGUCAGUGGAGAAUUCACGCCGAAGCUGGAACUUCCGCCACAUGUGAAGCUGAUUAGUGUUUAUGGCGCGCCUGAGUGUAGUAUCAUGGCUAUGUGCGCCACUGAGGAUCAAAUGUUAGAUCGAGAAGGCUCUCUAGGCAGAGGAAUGGGAAGCAAAACUUGGAUUGUGUCUACUUCGAAUUCUGGAACGCUUUGUGGCGUUGGUGAAGUCGGAGAGCUCUGGCUUGAGGGUCCACUUGUCGGCGCAGGCUACUUGAAGGAUGCUGGAAAGUCCCGUGAGUCUUUCAUGGACAAUGUUGCGUUCUCCAUCAAAGAUGGUGGGUCUGCUCCAUCAGGGAGAAUCUUCAAGACUGGCGAUCUGGUGCGAUAUAUGUCCGAUGGCUCGAUCGUCUUCGUCGGUCACCGAGAGGCACACGUCAAGAAGGUUCGCGGAAAACGUAUCGAUUUGACCGAGAUCGAGGGUCACAUGAAAGAGCUUCUAGGCGAACAGGUUAUGGACGUGGUCGCUGAAGUCAUCGCAGCUCAAGGACAACCCGAGCCGGUGCUCGCUGCUUUCAUUGUCCCUGCUGGCGAUUCAGUUCUCGAUUCAUCCCAGCUCAGACAAUCUGUGGCACAGCUAGCAGAAGAGCUCGCGACAGUUUUGAAGCAGCAGCUACCUUCAAAUAUGGUUCCCAUUGUCUUCCUGGCUCUGCGGAGCGUUCCAAUGGACAAAAAUGGCAGAGUAGACCGGAAGAAGUUACGAGAGACUGCAGAGCGCAAAUCACAAGAUCCUGAGAACCGGACAGCAGUCCAUGCCAUCCGCCCAGCCCAAGCAAUGACGGUGCUCGAAGUCCAACUGCAACAGCUUUGGGCACAAGUCCUCGGCAUCAAAGACCGAUCGAGCAUCACCGCUAAUUCUGACUGGAUCACUCUUGGCGGAGAUGAGACUUCUGCCUCCAAGCUUGUCGCUGCAGCCCAGAACUGGGGACUUGCCGUAUCCGUUGCGGAUGUGCUUGCUCGCACUCGUCUGGCAGACUUGGCUGAAUGUGUCAAACAUUUCCAUCGCGCUUCUGUGGUUGCACCUGAAGGCAUGGAUCAACCUUCAUGGUCUGAUAUGCGAAGAGGUACAUUCCAGUCGAGCUUUGCUUCCGACAAAUCUGGAUUUGGGGGUUCGAAUGGCGUCCGAAACAACAGUGCUGUGACGAAGAACUCUAUGGAUAGACGUCGAUCAAGCAUCUUGGUCAAUGGGAAGGAGGAGACACCGCCAGCUCCAAUGGUUUUACUGCCUCUGACGUCGAUGCAGAAGAGACUGCUACAGGGUUCGAUCGGUGGCCAUCAUGCUCCUGCUGGGGCAGAAUACUAUGCUCUCGAUCUACCAUCGAGACUGGAGCCGUCCAAAGUCAUUGAGGGUUGUCGAAAGCUCGUGGAGCACUUCGAUGUGCUUCGCACAGUCUUUGUACAGGUCGAGAACUCUGUCUUCCAAACCGUCCUGCCCGCUGUGGACGUGCCGAUCGAGGUACACCAGAUGGACAAUGGCCUCGAUGAAGCUUCCGAUGCCUUCAUACGGAAGGAUGCCAAUAUUCCAUUAACACUGGGGCGCAGUCUGCUGCGCAUGUAUGUCUUGCACAAGAGUGGAGAAUAUAUGCGCAUAAUCUUACGCAGCAACCAAGCCUACACAGACGGACAGAGCAUUGCCACCCUCGGACUUGCGUUGGCCGAUGUGCUUAGCGGCAAAGAACUGAGAGCUGGUCCAACCUUUCACGAUUUCAUACAGCACGUGAAAAACGAAUCGAACAAGAGUCGAUCGUACUGGCGGAAUCUACUACUCGGUGCCUCCAUGACUUUCGUUCCCAAAGCACCAUCCUCGUCAGUGGCAUCUAAAGAUAUCAAGACACUGUCCGCAACCAGCAUCAUGCAGCUUCCCAGCAUAGCCUCCUCCACGCCUUCCACAGUCUUCACGGCAGCUUGUGCAGUCCUUCUCGGACGACUCACAUCAAACGCCAAGGAAGUACUCUUUGGCCGUCAUAUCGUAAUGCGCAACUCGUCGACCUCCUCUCAUCAACAGAGUUCUCUCACAGUCGUUCCAUGCACGAACCUGGUCCCCGUCCGCGUGCGUCUCGAACCAAAGACUUCGAUUCUCAAACAAAUCGCAGAGCAAUUCGUCGCAGGAAUGGAAUAUGAGAAUGUCGCAUUUGAGGAUGUCGGCAACGAUCGAUGUUUGACACUUCUAGGAGAUGAAGGACAGGAGAUUGGAGUGGAUUUCGGUAUGGUGAGCGAGUUUCACUCUGCUCAGGAGAGAUUUAUCGGAGGAAGAGAUGGAGUGAAGUGGUUGGGUAAGAGGGAGAAUGAAGUAUUGAGGAGUAAUGCCGUGAUUGUGGAGGGAUGUGAGCUGGGCAACGGAAGAGUAAAGGUUGAGAUCAGGGCGAAAACGAAUGUUCAGUCCCAAGAGAGGUUGGCAGAGAUGAUGGGAUUGAUGGAGGAGGCUGUCAGAGAGUUGGGUAAAGAGGGAAGGGGAAAGAGAGGGUUUGAGGAUUAG